UUUCGAUUUUGAUGUCAAGGCGUUGGUGUUGAAAUGGCGUCAGAUUCAGUGAGUGAUCUGAGGAUUGUGCUGAUAGGAAAGAAUGGAUCAGAAAACAGCCAAGUGGGAAACACUAUACUGGGUAAAGCAGCAUUUCACAGUCAGACUCCAUCUUAUUUACAGAAGCAAAUUGUGACGAUCAGUGGAGAUGUGGAGGAGAGACAUAUCACAAUCAUCAACACUGCUCACCUGCUCCAGGAAAAUCUCUCACAGCAACAGUUAAUACAGGCAGUGAGAGAGUGUGUGUCUCUGUCUGCUCCAGGACCUCAUGUGAUCGUACUCAUACUGCAGUAUAAUGACUUCAGAGAUAACGACAGCCACAGAGUGAAAUAUGUGCUGAACCUCUUCAGUAAGCAGGCCAUGAAACACACUAUAGUGCUGACUACUGAUGAACAGACACACAGAAACAAAUUCACUUCUAAGAAUAAUGUUGUUCAUGAUUUAAUAAAGGAGUGUGGAGGAAGACAUCUACAGUUUGAUACAACAAAUCCAGCAUGGCGCUCUGAGAUGUUCAAAAGAACAGAAAAGAUACUCAAGGAAGAAUGUAAAGAAUUCCUCAUCUGUGACAUGUAUGAAGAUGGAGGCGAUGUUGUUGAAUCAAAAGAGGAUGAAUAUCUUGAAGGUUUAAUCAGAGGAGACAACGAAGAGAAGAAGGAUGCGGAUCUCAGUGAGAGCACAAAAACAGAUUCAAGAGACAGAGAAGAUGAACUGAGGAUUGUGCUGCUGGGAAAAACUGGAGCUGGGAAGAGUUCAACUGGAAACACCAUCUUAGGAAGAGAAGCAUUUAUAUCAGACAUUUCUGAAGAGUCUGUUACUAAAGUGUGUCAGAAAGAAACAGCUGAAAUCAACAGCAGACACAUUACUGUGAUCGACACUCCAGGACUGUUUGAUACUGAACUCAGUAAUGAAGAAAUACAGAGAGAAAUCAGCAACUGCAUCCACAUGAUUCUGCCUGGACCACAUGUGUUUCUCCUAUUGAUUCCACUGGGACGAUUCACUCAAGAAGAACAAACAGCAGUGAAGAUCAUCCAAGAGACAUUUGGUAAAAACUCUUUAAUGUACACCAUGGUGCUCUUCACCAGAGGAGAUGAUCUGAAAAACAAAACCAUCAGUCAGUUUUUGGGAAAACCUGGAUCUGCCCUUAAAAACCUGAUUGAAUCAUGUGGAAACAGAUUUCAUGUGUUCAAUAAUAAUGAGACUGGAGACCAAACACAGGUGACUGAUCUACUGCAGAAGAUAGACAACAUGGUGAACACAAACGGAGAUAGUUACUACUCAUGUAAGAUGUUCAGAGAGAUGGAAAGACAAAUACAAGAAAAACAAAAGAAGAUACUGAUGGAAAAAGUGGAGCUACUGAAGAGAGAAAAAGAAGAACUGAUGACCAACCAUGAAGAAGAGAAAAAGAGAAUGAAGAUGAAGAUGGAGGAAGAACAACAAAAUCAUGACAAUGAGAAAAAGAAAAGAGAAGAUGAAUUUAGAGAGAGAGAAGAACAAUAUAAAAGAGACAUUAAAGAAAGAGAGGAACAAGAAAGAAAGAUACGAGAGGAGAUGAAGAGGGAACGAGAGGAAUGGGAGAAACAGAAACAACAGGAAAGACAAAGAAGAGAUGAAGAGGAGGAGAAAUGGAGAAAGAAAGAACAGGCAAUGCAGGAUGAAUAUAAUAAGAAACUUAAAGAAGAGGAAGAGAGAAUGAAGAUAAAGAUGGAGGAAGAAAGAAAGAAUCAUUAUAAAGAGAGAAAAGAAAAAGAAGAUGAAUUUAGGGAGAGAGAAGAACAAUAUAAAACAGAGAUGAAGAGAGAACGAGAGGAAUGGGAGAAACAGAAACAACAGGAAAAACAGAAAAGAGAAGAAGAGGAGGAGAAAUGGAAAAAGAAAGAACAGAACAUGUGGGAUGAACAUAAAAAGAAACUUAAAGAAGAGGAAGAGAGAAUGAAGAUGAAGAUGGAGGAAGAAAGAAAGAAUCAUUAUAAAGAGAGAAAAGAAAAAGAAGAUGAAUUUAGGGAGAGAGAAAAACAAUGUAAAACAGAGAUGAAGAAAGAACGAGAGGAUUGGGAGAAGCAGAAACAACAGGAAAAACAGAAAAGAGAAGAAGAGGAGGAGAAAUGGAAAAAGAAAGAACAGAACAUGUGGGAUGAACAUAAAAAGAAACUUAAAGAAGAGGAAGAGAGAAUGAAGAUAAAGAUGGAGGAAGAAAGAAAGAAUCACAAUAAAGAGAUAAAAGAAAAAGAAGAUGAAUUUAGGGAGAGAGAAAAACAAUGUAAAACAGAGAUGAAGAAAGAACGAGAGGAUUGGGAGAAGCAGAAACAACAGGAAAAACAGAAAAGAGAAGAAGAGGAGGAGAAAUGGAGAAAGAAAGAACAGGACAUGUGGGAUGAACAUAAAAAGAAACUUAAAGAAGAGGAAGAGAGAAUGAAGAUAAAGAUGGAGAAAGAAAGAAAGAAUCAUAAUAAAGAGAUAAAAGAAAAAGAAGAACAGUAUAAAACAGAGAUGAAAAGAGAACGAGAGGAAUGGGAGAAACAGAAACAACAGGAAAGACAGAAAAGAGAAGAAGAGGGGGAGAAAUGGAGAAAGAAAGAACAGGAAACAUGGGAUGAAAAUGAUAAGAAAGUUAAGCAAGAGAGAGAAAGAAUGCAGCGAGAGAAAGAAGAUCUUCAGUCCAAACAUGAAGAAGAGAAAAACAGAAUGAAGUUGAUGAUGGAGGAAGAAAGACAUAAUCAUGACAAAGACAGAAAGAGAAGAGAAGAAGACUUUAGAGAGAAAGAAGAACAAUAUAAAAGAGACACUGAAGACUUAGAAGAACAAGAGAGAAAGAUACGAGAGGAGAUGAAGAGAGAACGAGAGGAAUGGGAGAAACAGAAACAACAGGAAAAACAAAGAGAAGAGAAUGAAAGAUGUAGAGUUAAUGAACUUUAUACAGGAACUCCUGAGGUUCAGCACACAAACAAUGAAGAAGAUCCACCAUCAGAUUCAGGUUGUUUAAGAAUAUUGCUGUUUGGGAGGGCAGGAAGUGGAAAGUCUGACAUAGGAAACACUAUCCUCGGAAAAAAAGAGUUUCACAGUAAAGCCAGUUCACGUUUGGUGACCACUGUUUGUAGCAAGAAAGUUGGUGAAGUUAAUGGUAAAUCAGUAGCUGUUAUUGAUACUCCAGGACUCUUUGACACAACACUGAAAAAAGAACAAGUGCAGAAAGAAAUAAUGAAAUGUGUUUCACUGUCAGCACCUGGACCACAUGUGUUCAUCAUUGUGCUGAGUGCGGGAAGAUUCACUCAAGUGGAGAAAAACAUUUUAGACAUGAUCAAGAUGAUUUUUGGUUCAAAAGCAGCAGAUUUCUCCAUUGUUCUCUUCACUAGAGGAGAUGAACUGAAAGGAGAAACAAUAGAAGAAUAUAUAGAGAGAAAUGAUGAACUCAAGACUCUGAUCAGUGACUGUGGAAACAGAUUCCUGACUUUUAACAACACAGAAACACAAGAUCAGACACAAGUUACUCAGCUGGUAAAUAUGAUGCAAGAGAUGAAUAAGGGCCAAUAUUUCACUAAUGAGAUGUUUGAAGAGGCAGCGAUCUCUAUUGAACAGAGAAUGGAAAUGAUAAACAAGAAUAAAAUACAAAACCUGGCUCAAGUUGAUGAAUUAAAAUCCAAAUGUGACAUAGAAAUAAAAAACAUGAGAAAGACACUGAAGGAGAAGAAACAAAGGACAGUCGAGGAAAGAGAGAGACUAAAGAACAAGUUCAAAGAACAAGAGGAAACACUCAGGAGAGAGUUUGAGGAGAAAGAAAAAUCAGAGCAGAAGAAACGAGAGACGGAGGAUCAGAAAAGAUCAGAAGAGGAGAAACAGCAAAGAGCUGAAUAUGAUCAAAGAAUAGAGGAGAUGAAGAGAGAGAUUGAAGAUCAGAGAAUACAGUAUGAAAAACAACAGAAAGAAAGAGAAGAAGAAGAUAGAAAGAGAGAGAAAGAAUAUAAACAAGAUCUAGAAAAGAUGAAAAAUGAUCAUGAACACAUCAUGGUAGAGUUAAGAAAAGAACAGGAGGAGGAAAUAAAAAAGAGAGAUUUAGACAAACAAAUGAGGAAGAAACAGGAAGAGAAAGCGAGAGAAGAAUGGAAGAGAAAAAUAAAAGAGGCUGAAAAUGACAAAGAGACUCAAGAGAAAAUAAAACAACAACAGAGAGAAUGGGAGGAAGAGAAGGAACAACAGAUGAGAGAACGAGAGGAAGAGGAAAGAGAGAGAAAAGACAAGGAACACAAGGAACAGCUGAGAGAAAAACAAGAAGAACUGGAGAACAAGAGAAAGAAAUAUGAAACCAAGAGAGAAGAAAACAAACAGAUGAUAGUGGAGGAAAGGGAGAAACAGAAAAGAGACAAAGAACUGAAGAAGACAGUAUAUGAAAAGGAAAUAAAUGAAAUGAAAAGAAAAUAUGAGCAGCUGGAGCGAGAGAGGAAUGAGAAGUGGGAGAAAAGAAAACGAGAGGAUGAAGAGAGACGAGUGGAGAAGAGAAAGAGAUGGGAGAAAAUGAUGGAAGAUCUGAAACGAGAGCAAGAGGAGGAGAUCAAGAGAAGAGAAAGAGAGGAGACAGAAAGAAUAGACAGAGAAGAAGAAGAGUGUGAUGAAAUGAAACAGAAAAUUGAAGAGGAAAUACAGAAGAUAAAAAAGAAUCAUGAAGAUGAAGCCAGAAAACAAGAAAAGGAAUUGAAUGAUUUCAAAAAGAAAAAAAGAGCAGCACAUUCAGGAGCUCAAGGAGAGAGUUGAUGAGUUUCAGAAACAACUGAAUGAAGCAGAAAGGUUAAGAAAGGAUUUAGCAGGUAAAGAGAAUGAAGCGAAAAAAGGGUCAUGUCAUGUCAUGUGAAACAUUUCUAAACAUCAUUGAUCAGUCAAAUAACUGCCAUUUGCCUUUUGUAGUAAACGUGAAGGGAUUUUCUGUAUUUUUUUUCUCUCUAGCGUAAGAGAUCUACUGAUUCUAUAUUUACAUCUGCUCCUGAAGGGCAAGAGUUUAGUUAUAUGAGACAUAUUAGCUGUGUCUCAUUUCAGAGGUCGCAUUGGAAGGCUGCACACGUCAUUAAAGAUGUCUUAUUCACGAAAAGUAACCAUAAUAAAAACUGUUAUUCCUUGUGAGAUGUAAAAUACUAUAAUUUCUUUUUUACUUUGCAAUUUAACGGUUACCUUUCUUAAAUGAGUCCUCCUCGAUGAUGUGUGCAGCCUUCAAAUACGACCUCCGAAGGAUGCAGCCUUCCAAAUGAGACCUGUUUUUCCUGAUUUUCCCUGUCUUUGUUCCUGAUUUUUUUCUUAUUUGGUCAUUUUCCUGUUCUUGUUUAGCUUGAUUGUUUUAUUACCUGCACCUGUGUUCCUAAUUGUCUUUUGUAUUUAUAUCCCUGCCUGUUCAGUUCUGUUUCGUCCGGUCUACUAUGUUGCUAGUUGUUUUGUGAUUGUGGCUGAGUUGUACUUCCCCUGUGCUAUUCAUUAUUAAAGACUGUUCACGUACAGUUUGCGACUCCUGCAUUCUCCUUGCAACACGCAACCGUGAAAAUA